AUGUCUGACUCUCUCUCUCACCCCCGCCCUCGCUCGUUCACCAUCCGCGUCCCCGCAACGUCGGCCAACAUCGGCCCCGGCUUCGAUGUGGUCGGCCUCUCGCUCUCGCUUUCCCUCACUCUCACCGUCUCCGUCACCCCGCCGACCGCCGCCGACCCGCCGCGCCCGCCGCGCAUCACGUACUCGGGCGAGGGCGCGGACGAGGUCCCGCUCGACGCGUACAAGAACCUGACGACCCGCGUCGCGCUCUACGUCCUCCGCUGCCACGGCGUGCAGCGCUUCCCCACGAACCUCGCCCUCCACUGCGCGAACGAGAUCCCGUUCGGGCGCGGGCUCGGCUCGUCCGGCGCCGCGGUCGUCGCUGGGGUGCUCCUCGGCGACGCGCUCGGCGGGCUCGCGCUGCCCCCCGCGCGCAUCCUCGACUUCGCGCUCAUGGUCGAGCGCCACCCGGACAACGUCACCGCCGCGCUCGUCGGCGGCUUCGUCGGCUCGUACCUCCGCGAGCUCGACGAGAGCGACAGCGCGCGCGCGAGCGUGCCCGUCAGCGAGGUCCUCCCCGAGUACCCGCCCGACGCGGGCGAGGACUGGGGCCUGCACCCGCCCGUGCCGCCCGUCGGGAUCGGGCACUACGUCCGGUUCGGGUGGGCGGGGUGCGUGCGGGCGUUGGCGAUCAUCCCGCGGUUCGAGCUGAGCACGGCGAAGGCGCGCGAGGUGCUGCCGCUCGAGUACUCGCGGAAGGACCUGGUGUUCAACCUGCAGCGGCUGGCGGUCCUCACCACGGCGCUGGCGCAGACGCCGCCGGACCCGGAGCUCAUCUACGAGGCGAUGAAGGACCGGGUGCACCAGCCGUACCGCAAGACUCUGAUUCCGGGGCUCCCCGAAGUGACGAGCAACAUCACCCCUUCGACGCAUCCCGGUCUUUUGGGCAUCUGCCUGUCCGGUGCGGGACCGACCAUCCUCGCGCUUGCCACCGGCGGCUUCGAGGCUAUUGCGGAGGACGCGCGGUCGAUCUUCAAAACCCACGGGAUCGAAGUCGAUUGGAAGGUUCUGGAGGUCGCGGGAGGCAGCGUUGUAGAACAUCAUGAGCCGUAA